AUGGCGUCGUCGCCUCCCGUUGACUCUUUCCGCCAGCAGCACAGCGGUGACUCGCAGGACUCGGUCAGCUCCCACCAGCGCUGCAAGGCUGCGGCCGCGCGGAGGCUAGCGCUGCACACCGGGGUUCAGACUGCCCCGUACUCGGCCGCCGUGGCCCGACGCAACGAGCGCGAACGGAAGCGCGUGCACCUGGUCAACAUGGGAUUCGCCUCCCUGCGCUCCCACCUUCCCGACUGGCCCGUCGCGUCCAAGAAGCUGAGCAAAGUGGAAACGCUCCGAUCGGCCGUCGACUACAUCACCAGGCUCAAGGAGCUGCUGGGAGAAGCCGCCCGGGAGAACCUCAGACCACCGUCGUCCAUGGCAGAGUCAGACCCGAGUCCCAGCCCCGACUCGACGGGACAUUGUGGCGGGGCUUCCGGAGACACUCUCAGAGAUGCCGUGAGGUCACCCAUCAGUCUAGUGGAUGAACUUGAAGCUUCGAGGGAUGCCGGUGGAGACGAAAACAAUCAUUUCCUAGAAUUGGCUCACUGGUUUGGCUACACCUCCUAA